AUGUCUGAGCAGGCUGGCAAGAAAUCUACGGUUCGAAAAGAUGACGUUGUCGAGUUGGCCCAAGGACCCUUCCGAGAAUACCAGCCGGUCGACACUUAUUGGUCGAACGAGGUUGGUAAAGUAAAACUGCUCGAUGCUAUCCUAUCGCUCACCAUAGCAGUAUCGUUUGGGCUGUUCAUGAUCAAAUCACAGCCUGGUGGAUUCACAAGGGACAUCUCUGAGAGAGAGCAAGAGAUAGUUGAUGCUCUCGAGUAUUUUCAGCUGGGCAAGUUUGAUCUGAACAUUCUACCGUCGUUAGGAAUCCAGUUACUGUCUCUAUUUCCGCUUCAGAUAGAGGUUCUGCGAAAGAUUUCCGUUGGUGUGGCGUCAUUGACCUUGUCAUUCCUGUUUCUGACACUAAGAAGGGUGAAUACGUCUUUUCCGUUUGCCAUUAGUGGCGCCAUUGCGUUAGGAUCGCUGCCAAUCUUCCAGAUCGAAGCCGCAUCCGUUUCCAUCUAUGUGAUCCAGUGGUUUUUCCUUUCUAUGGCAUCAUACUUGUGGCAAAGUGCUAAAUGCUCAAGGCAUUUCACAAAGGCGUGGUUUAGCAAUUUGUUGCUCCUCGCCGUCACAUUAGGAUUAGGUGCGUCUACAAGGUACAUCGGCCUCCUGACUUGGGUUUGGGUUUCUAUUGUUUCUAUGAAAGAGUUCUGGAAUGUGCUGGGAGAUACGACGUUAACCAGUCGUUAUCUGACCAAAUAUGUUGCUGUCAAAGUUAUUAUACUCGGAAUCAUUCCAUUCGCUGUUUUUAUGUCAUCUUUAAGUCUUCAGAUGUUAAGCUGGACUCAUGACACUCCCGAACUCUCCCAAUACAUGUCCCCAAACUUCAAAGCCUACCUCAGAGGCCCCUUUGAGCAUCCGGAAUACCUCUAUUACGGAUCUGUCAUCACUCUUCGUCACCAUGAGUCUUUGGGCGGAUAUUUGCACUCACACAACCAUACAUAUCCAUCUGGAUCGGGGGAGCAACAGGUUUCAUUGACCCAGCAAGAGGAAGAUUACAACAAUAAAUGGUGUAUCGAACCUCCAAGACCACACAGUGACGAAAAUGGUUCUCUGAGAAAAGUCAAUGAUUUUGGCAAGGUAAGACUGAGACAUUGCGCUACAGGUAAACUGCUCAGAGCAUCAUCGGCGAAACCGCCAGUAUCAGAACAAGAGUACAAUUCCGAGAUAUCCUGCACAGGAGAUGCUGAUUAUGUCGGCAAUUCCGAUGAGCUCUGGACUGUGGUAUCAGUUGGUGAUCCUUUGCAUUCUGCUCUUAGACCAUUGAAAUCGCUUGUGAAGUUUUUGAACGAAGGCCAAGGUUGUACCAUGCUUGCUCAUGAUACAAGACUACCUAACUGGGGUUUCCAUCAGCAGGAAGUUUUAUGUCUACGGUCUCCUACUGAAUCGAGAACCUUAUUCGAGAUCGAAACGGAACAGCUGAACGCUACUGACAAAAUUGAGUACAGAACCUUCACAGGAGAUGCAAGAAAAGUUAUUGGCUUUGUUAAAUUAUUGGUGGAGCUUGUACAAAGGCAAUACAAGUGGAACUACUACGAGAACAAAUUCAAAAAACACAGUGAGCCAACCGUCGAGAAAUGGCCCUUUCAAUUGUUUCAACAGAAGUACGUUACCCACAUUUGGAUAUCCUCGGUGCUUUAUCCAUUGUGUUUUGUCAUCUACCAGGCUGUUCAGAUGUUGCCAUGGCGACGCCCUGCCAUUAGAAAAGCAUCCAAGACUCUGAAUACAAUCAUUCAUGUGGAUUUUGCGGUAGAAUGCCUCUUGGGAUGGUUUUUACAUUAUCGUCCAUUCGUGGCCUCCCCACACGCCGACCAAAAGAUGUCCUCCUAUGUGUCAAGCUUAUUUUUUGGACAAUUGCUCGUGUGGAAGGCAGUCGACUCAUGGUGCAAGACCCGUCUGUUGUAUGGUGCCCUAAUAUGCAUAUACAUAGCAUAUAUCCUUCACGGUUAG